AUGGCGUCGCAAUUUGAAGGAUUUGUUGACAUACAUUCAAUAUUUUACUCUACAUUUCAUCCGACUGAAGGGUCGAAGGUAAAGUUUGAUUUCCCUCCAAGGAGCCUUGAAAAUAGUGGUAUCAAUUUCGAUUCAAUCAAAAACUAUGUUAUUCCUAAGCGUGCCCUAUGUCAUAGACUCAUCACUUUCAAAUACGGCAACUAUAGAAUUGCUUGUUACCCUGUGACAGUUAACUCUUCCAUCUAUGCUAGAAACUUUUUCAGUUUUAACUUUGUGUUCGUGUUUCCUUUCAAUUGCGAAACAUCACCUUAUGAACCAGCAAUCGAAAGGCUAGGUAAAAUGUUUAGAGUGCUGGAAAUUCAAAAUCAGAUAUUAUCAAAAUCAGAAAAUGACACCAUAAUGUUUAACUUGAAAAGUGCCGAUAAAAAUUUCAAUAUUGAUAAUGACAGUUCCAAUUAUAUUUUAGGUGAUGACAUCAGUUCUAUAAUGACUACCCAACAAAAGGACAAGUACGAGAGAUUAAAUAACAUCAUAUCUAACAUUAAAAAAAAGCCAUCCAAUUUCACCAUAAGCGAUCUAUUAAUGAGGCUUUAUCAAGAUCUAAAUACAUACUCAGAAUGUCUUAUUCCCAUUGAUGACGGUAAUGCUGUCGAUAUCAAGCUUUUCCCAUUGCUAACUCCACCUACACCAUAUAUCUCAAUUGAACAUGUUCCUAUCUCUCUGGUAAACUUAUUCAAAAUAGUUGAUGUGAAUUGGGAUCCUAUUAUGCUAACCAUUAUACCUUACAUUAAUGGUAUCAAUAACAUAUACAGAAUAUCACAACUAAGUCAUAAUGAAGAAUCAUUGGUAAUUGAGUGCAUUAGGCAUUUAGUUUACUAUCGGUGUAUUGUGUUGACUGAUAUCUUUGAGUUUUCAAAUGUUUAUGCCCCAACUUCCUCCUUAAGACUUUUUCUGCUAGAUCCCAACAUGGCCACUGAAUGUCAGUCAUACGUAAUGUUACCAAUAAACUCUAAAAUGAAUGAUUUGAGUUUAUAUCCACAUCAUGGGAAGCAUUCAGCUUUUAAUGGCGACAUAGGUUCUAGAAACAAUUCUGUAUCGACUUCAUUGUAUUCAUUCAAUGGCAAUGACUCAAGACCACAAUCAAGGUCUUCGUCAGUUGAUCAGAGUCAAACUAAUUUUUAUAAGAAUAAGAAGCAAUCUGAAAGUAGCAUUUCUACAGGGAAUUCUAACAAUGGCCAGAAUAUACACAAACACCUACCCACCCGAUCGCUCUUAUUCGAUCUAUAUAGAUCCCUUUCACAGGGUAUAACAUUGAAAGAAUGGUAUAUGCAAAAUCACAAAAUAAUUCGUGAUAAUCGUAUUGAUGUGAGAAGAUUUAUCACCUUCGGCGUCUUACGCAGGAUAAUUUACAGAUGUGAAACCUACUCAGUUAUAAACUCAACUGAUCAUCUACAAAAUUUAUGGAAGUUGAAUGAACUAGAGAAUCCAAUUUCCAUGGAAAACAUAUCAAAAUUGCAAUCAAAUCAUAUUGAUAGCUUGGCUGCCGAUGAAGCAUUAAUGAAUGCAUACAAGAAAUUAUCACUGAAGGUGCCCUCUAAAGGUGCCUUGAAAAGUCAUAACACUAGUCAUAGCUCAUUUUCAUUAACCCCAACUGCACCAGAAAUGGAAAAUUCACAAGCAAAAAGGAACAAAAGGCUCUCAAAAGUAUCUUUUGAAGCUCUUCCCGAAGACAGAAAUGGUUUCCGAUGGGGAAGUAAUAUAAAGACGCCAAUCCAAGAGACCACUUGGAAAAAGCUAUCAAAGAUGCAGAGAAGAAUUAUGUUGAAGGCAUUAGCCGAUGCAGAAACACUUGACAAGAUAUGUGUGCUACUAGAAAUGCCAAGACAAAAUGUGGUUAAUAUACUUCAUGAACUUGGAGAGCUGAAACUCAUCAACUGUUGA